AUGAAGAGGAAGAAGAACGCAGAGGUGAACACUAAAACCCCAGUUAGUAAAGCCACACCCUUACCGAAUCCUGAUCAGACACUAAGCCAGCUCUCUGAAAAGAAGCGAAGAGUUCCAACCACGUUGCUGCCAACUUGGUACAAGGAACCAGUGAUCUUCAAAGAUGUAGCUGUGUACUUCAGCCAGAAAGAGUGGCAGCUACUGGAGCCUGCUCAGAAGGACCUGUAUAAGGAUGUGAUGCUGGAGAACUACGGGAACCUGAUCUCUGUGGAAUAUUAUAUUUUCAAGCCAAGGCUGAUCACCAGAUUAGAACAGGGUAUUGACCUUUUCGCCAAAGAGAAUGAUGUUCCUGGAGAACGCCAGCAAGGUGAGGCAGGAGUCAGCCGGAGCGACGCCUCUGCAGGAAAGAAGACAGGGAAUAAUUCGAAGACAGAAAUCCCGAAGCCAGACAAUUCUAAGACAACGUCUCGGGAGAAGCAGAAGAAAGCAGAUCAAGGGGGUGGUUCCAAGAGUUUGAGUGCAGAAAAGCCUUCCAAAAGCGAUGUCAGGCCAUCUCAGAGAAAGGAGAAGUGUGGCCCAGCUUCGACAAGAGAAGCAGGCAAAGCAAUGACUCCCGGCACGAAGGAGCAUGGAUCUGUGACCCCAGGAACAUCUUCGAGUAAAGAGCCAGCAGCUACAGCACCACGGAGCACCCCUCCUGAAAAGUCGACUUUGGGGAAAGACUCUCAUGGAAAAGCACAGUACGGCAGCAACUCCACCAAGCCCAAGCGUAAGCCUGCCCGACAAGGUAAGAACCACUUUAAAUGCAAGGAAUGUGGGAAGACCUUCAACCAGACCCUCCACCUCGUGGAGCACGAGAGAAUCCACACAGGAGAGAAACCCCACCAGUGCGACACUUGCGGGAAAUCUUUCAGGCACCUCUCGUACUUCCUCACACACUACCGAAUUCACACGGGGGUGAGACCCUACAAGUGUAAGGAGUGUGGCAAAGCCUUCAACAGCAGCUCCACUCUCAACAAUCACUGCAGGAUCCACUCGGGGGAGAAACCCUUCAAAUGUGACGAGUGUGGCAAAACCUUCAAGCAGAGCACGAAGCUCACCCGCCACCAACGGAUCCACACGGGAGAGAGACCCUACAAGUGCGGAGAGUGUGACAAAUGCUUCGGCCGCAGCUCGUCGCUGAGGGAGCACAAGAGGAUCCACACCGGAGAGAAGCCGUACCGCUGCCAGGUAUGUGGGAAAUCCUUCAGGGUCAACUCCCAUCUUUCGGAGCACCAGCGGCUCCACCUGAAGGUGAAGCCCUACAAGUGUGACAAGUGCGGGCGGCACUUCCGAAACAACACUUACUUAGCAGAGCACAAGCAGAGCCACGUGCCCGGAGCCCGAGUGGACUGCUCGGAAUGCGGGAAAGUCUUCGAUUGCAAAGUAGCCCUUCUCAAGCACCAGAAAAGACACGAGGCGAACUCCAGGUAUCGGUGCAAGGGAUGUGGGAAAACGUUUAGGUGCAAAUCAAGCAUCCAGAGGCAUGAGAGGCUGCAUGCUGGGGAGAAGCCUUUCGUGUGCACCAAGUGUGACAAAGGUUUCACUGACAAAACUACGUUGAACAAUCACUUGAAGAUCCACUCUGGAGACAGGCCAGAUCCGUGUGCCCAGUGUGGGAGAACUUUUAAGAAACUGGCCACCCUGCUGCUCCACCAGAAAAAGCAUGUGAAAAAGAAACCUGCCGACAAUGUAUAA